AUGGGUAAUCGAGGUCAACGUAAUGCUGCUGCUCCAUAUGGAGAUCCUUAUUUGAACCAGUAUGGAGCUGGAUAUGGUCCGGGAGCAGCGCCUGGCUUGAACGGUUAUGGCGGUUAUGGCGCAAGUCCAUAUGGUGGCUAUGGUGGGGUCGGUUAUUUAACUACUCCCGGUGCAGUUAUCGAAGAACCGUGGGAAGUUACUCAGUGGACUGAGUAUUAUGUACCAACGCCACAGCGGCCGAUUGUAGGUGGCCGACGUGCUCGACCUGUUAUUUACGUAGCUGCACAAUUGCCAGCAGCAAAUCCAUGUGCCGGAUUCGGUGGCGGUUUU